AUGUCUGAACAUUUAACAGAUGUUAAGUCUGUAUUUCAUAAACGAUUCGCUAAUUUCUCAUCAGCAAUUACAAAUCGUUUAUGGUUAAAUGCUCAUACAAAUUAUGAUUGUGAUGUAUUAUUAACAUUCCCAGCACGUAUCGAUAAUAAUGUAAUUAUUUGGUUUCUCGAAAAAUUCCUUCAACUUGAAUCAGAUAUUCGCAUUUCGAUCAAAUAUCAUUUUACUACUGGUGUUUAUGGAUUUUAUUUAACCUUUACUUAUGAAAGAAUUUUGAAGGGUGCCGAUGCUCUUCAAUUAGAAAAACCAAUAAAACAAGAGUUUGGUGGUGGUUAUCAAGCAUUCUUGUUCAAUGAAUUAGAAUUUUAUCAAGGUGUAGAAGAUGAAGAUAAAUUUUUUAGUACACAAGAACGACAAUCAAUUGUUCUUCAUCUUCUUUAUUCAAUAAGAAUUAAUGAAGAUCAUAUUUUAAAUGGAAUUAAAUUUAAAAUUGAUCAAUCAUUAAUUCAACGAGGUUUAGAAAAAAAUUUAAUUCGACAAAUCAUUCCAUUACAUAAUAAAGAGCAAUUAAAUCACUUAAGAGACAUAUGGGUAUGGCCAAAGAAUGUUCUUAAACCACAACCAAUUGAGGAUAUUCGACAAUAUUUCGGUGUUAAAAUUGCUCUUUAUUUCUGUUGGUUAAGUUUUUAUACAAAAGCACUUUGUCUUCCAGCUAUUUAUGGCAUUUAUAUUUGGUAUCAUACUGGACAAAGUCAGGAACUUGAUGAUAAACUUUUUGUCAUCAAUGCAUUUUUAAAUAUUAUUUGGGCAACAGGAUUUCUUAUUUUUUGGCGACGACGACAAGCUGAAUUAGCAUAUGAAUGGAAUACACUUGAUAUGGAACAAUUAGAAGAAACUCGAACAACAUAUAAAGGUGAAUUACGUCGAUCACCUGUUACAGAUAAAUAUGAACCAUAUUAUCCAGAUUGGAAACGCUUAUUAUUUCGUUGUUUUGUGACAAUUCCAAUGCUUAUUAUAAAUCUAGUACUUGUUUCAUUUUGUAUUGUUUUUAUUAUUCGUUUGCAAAGUUGGAUUGAUCGACAAUUGAAAGCAGGUCGUCUACCACCAUUAAUGUCAUUAACAGAAUUAUUUCCAAAAGUUUUAUUAGCAUUAGUAACAACUAUUUUUGAUGAUGUUUAUAAAUAUGUUUGUCGAUGGUUAACAGACCGAGAAAAUUAUCGAGAACAACGUACACAUGAUAAUCAAAUCAUUGCAAAAAUGUUUGCUUGUGCAUGUGUUAAUUCAUAUUUGGGUGUUUUUUAUAUUGCUUUCUUCACACAUAAAUAUAUUCGAUUAUCUGAUCAAUUAAUUACCAUUUUCGUUAUCAAACAAUUCUGGGAUCAUAUUAAAGAAGCAAUUAUUCCUUAUAUUGUUUCAAAUACUCGUUUAUCUUUUUUAAUUCAAUUAAGUAAAAAAGAACAUACAAAAUAUACAGAACGAAAAGAUCUUAAUAAUGAACUUAAACGUAUUCUUGAUCAAUGGAAUACUUCGAAACAAACAAAACCUGUCGAUGAUAUUCUUAUUGAUUCUUCAUUUAAUCCACGUGAUACUAUACCUAGUUUUGAAACAUUAUCAUUAUCACAAGCUGAAAUUGAAUGUUUACAACCUAAAUGGCCUGAUUUAUAUGAAGAUUAUCUUGAAUUAGUUAUUCAAUUUGGUUAUAUUAUAUUUUUAUCAACAUUAUUUCCUCUUGCAGCAUUCUUUUCUUUGAUAAAUAAUAUACUUGAAAUACGUACUGAUGCAUUUAAAUUAUGUAUGAUUUAUCAAAGACCUUUUUCACAACGGGUUAAAGAUAUUGGUCAUUGGCAGAAAAUUAUGGAAUAUAUGAUUGUAGCAGCAAUUAUUGUUAAUUGUAUAUUUUGUUCAAUUCGUGGAGUUUUUCGACGAUUAGUACCAAGACUUCCAUUUGCUGCAGAAAUUUUUCUACUUAUUUGUAUUGAACAUUUAUUAGUUUUAUUUUGUAAAAUAAUUCGUUCAAGUAUUGAAAAUGUACCAUACUGGGUUCGAGUCGAAAAAGCUAAAAUGGAAUAUCGUCGACGUGAAGCACUCAAAAAACUCGAAUGUGAUGCAUUGCAUCUUAAAGAAACUCAUUGCCAUGUUAAUGAACAAUAA